AUGCAUCACCGAAACAACUCUCAAAGAAAAUUUGAAAUCUCAUUGAACAAUUUCGUGAUCGACUUUCAAUUCGAACGUAUAGCCGGCCAUUCGCCAUUACGUGAGUUUUCAAUAAUCAAUCAACAUCUCAACACAUCGGCGUCGGCCAACAAUCGAUUCUUAACUAUUAUCUGGGCCGACAAUGAUCAUUUAGUUUUAUUAACCCUUUCUACAACUGCUAUUGACGGUUACUCCGCAAACUUUUCUAUCGCUAUUUGUUGCAUAAUGUCGGAUUCAACAACAACGACAAGUGAGAGCCAAAAAAUUUCCACGAUAUCGGAUUUAACUAAUGUCACGCAAACCAACACGACUGAACAACAGCAAGCAACAAGAAGUGCUCGUUCGUCGAUUUUGCUAAAUGGACCUAGUAUGAAAGAUCAAUCUUCAUCAUCAUUCAUCGUAUCUCUCGAUGAUCGUUCAAAAUAUCGCUCACCAUUAGUUUCGCGCUAUGCAUCCGUCGAGAUGAGCUAUAAUUUCAGUGAAAUGAAGAAGUUCUCGACAUGGCGUCGACUUUGGUUUUGGCUAGCAAAGUGCCAAAAGCAACUCGGCUUGGAUAUUACUGAUGAACAAUUAGAUGAAAUGGAAAGAAACUUAAACAAUAUUGAUUUUGAUGUAGCAGAAGCAGAAGAACGUCGACGACGACAUGAUGUCAUGGCACAUGUACACACAUUUGCUCGUUGUUGUCCAAAAGCAUCACCAAUCAUUCAUCUUGGCGCAACAUCAGCUUUCGUUGGAGACAAUGCUGAUUUAAUCGUCAUGAGAGAUGCAUUUGACAUUCUGAUUGUCAAACUUGUACGGUGUAUAAACCGUCUAUCCCAAUUUGCACAAGAAUACGCCUGUUUGCCAACGCUUGGUUAUACACAUAUGCAGCCUGCACAAUUAACAACGGUUGGAAAACGAGCAUGUAUUUGGAUACAAGAUCUACUGAUGGAUUUGAAGAAUUUCGAUCGAGUAAAGAGACAACUGAAAUUUCGCGGUGUGAAAGGUACGACUGGUACACAAGCAUCGUUUCUUCAAUUAUUCAAUGGUGAUCAUUCGAAAGUGGAAGAUCUCGAUCGAAUGGUCACUGAAAUGGCUGGCUUUGCGAAAGCAUUUAUUAUUUGUGGUCAGACAUAUACUCGUAAACUCGAUGCUGAAGUUGUCAGUGUUCUCGCCGGUUUUGGCGGUUCUAUUCAUAAGAUGUGCACUGAUAUUCGUUUAUUAGCUAGUUUGAAAGAAAUAGAAGAACCAUUCGAAAUUGAACAAAUCGGAUCCAGUGCUAUGCCUUAUAAACGUAAUCCAAUGAGAUGCGAACGAUGCUGUUCACUUGCACGUCAUUUAAUGACAUUAAUUAAUGAUCCACUUGGUACACAUUCUGUUCAAUGGAUGGAACGAACAUUGGACGACAGCGCUAACAAACGUAUUUGCAUUCCGGAGGCUUUUCUAACUGCUGAUAUUAUUCUAUUCACAUUACAAAAUAUUUCCGAAGGUCUUGUUGUUUAUCCUAAAGUUAUUGACAAGCAUAUAAGACAAGAAUUACCAUUCAUGGCUACAGAGAAUAUUAUUAUGGCUAUGGUUUCUGCGGGUGGUAAUCGACAAGAAUGCCACGAAAAGAUUCGUACUCUAUCACAAAAGGCAGCGGAACGUGUAAAAAUCGACGGUUUAGACAAUGAUCUCGUCGAACGUGUGAAAAACGAUGCGUAUUUCGCCCCUAUUGUCAACAAACUCGAUGUUCUUCUCGAUGCGAAAACAUUCAUUGGUCGAGCACCCGAACAAGUUUAUGAAUUCAUUUCACGUGAAGUCGAACCAACAUUAAAGAACUUUUCAAGUAUUAUCCCACACAAACCAGCUGACCUAGCCGUUUGA